UCACUUUGUUUUGUGUGCCAGCUGAUCUGGCACACAAGGCGCUCCUCCAACAUCAGCAACUGAGCCGAAAGGACAACGGCAACAAUCUUUCAACUCAUAUGCUGUGAUCCACCGGCUGUAGAUUAAAAAAGUUACAGCAAUCAGUAGACACGGCAACAUGCAUUCUAAGAGGAAAUGCGGUCUGUAAUUCACUAGGCUGCGAAGACAGUGGACAGCCAAAUAUUGCGGUGCUGUUUUAUUUUAGACAUUCGCCCGACAGAAACAACUUCUGAAAAUGGUGGACACCGAGAGACUGUACAUUUGGCUUUAAGGCCUUGCAGUUGCGGUAAUCGGAAAUCAUUGAUCUUUUCGUAACCGGGAGGCGUUCGGCUUUGUCAUUUUUAGGUAGCUGUUUACUUGCUCUAGAUGCGAUAGGCGAAGCGGUGUAUUGCAAAUGGAGAUCGAAUAAUUAGGAGACUGUUAGACUCCCAACCAAUGCAAAGUUGCCAAGUCGUAGGCGGAUAUUACAGACAAUUGUAAAAUAGCCUAUUCCUAUUGGAAAGGGAAAAUGUGGUUGAAACUAUUUUUUUUGCUACUAUAUUUUUUGGUGUUGUUCGUUCUGGCUAGGUUUUUUGAGGCAAUUGUCUGGUAUGAAACGGGUAUCUUUGCCACUCAGCUGGUGGAUCCCGUAACACUCAGCUUCAAGAAGCUGAAAACGAUUCUAGAAUGCCGUGGUUUGGGAUACUCUGGACUUCCAGAGAAGAAGGAUGUCCGGGAGCUGGUCGAAAAAUCUGGCGACUUAAUGAAGGGAGAGCUGUAUUCCGCACUGAAGAAUGAGGAAGAGCAGGCAGAGGCCUCCUCCAGCACCACCUUCAGUGGCGAGAUGCACUUCUAUGAGCUGGUGGAGGAUACCAAGGAUGGUAUCUGGUUAGUUCAGGUGAUAGCCAAAGACAGACACCCUCUAGUGAGUAAAGCCAACUGGGGGAAGAUGGUCAAAAAGGUCUCUCAGUUUGGCAUUCGGACCGGCACUUUCAACUGCUCUAGCGACUCCAGGUACUGUCGGAAACGUGGCUGGCUGAAAUCGACACUUAUCAUGUCUGUACCCCAGACCAACACUUCCAAAGGAAGAGUUAUGCUUAAAGAGUAUAACGGUAGGCGCGUGGAGACAGAGCACAUCUUCAAGUGGAUGACUGCUCAUGUGGCGUCUCGGAUCAAGACCCUCUGCACGCCGCGUGAGCUGGAGCAGGAGUGGCAUGCCAGUGAGCAUCCAGUGAAGAUGUUCCUGUUUGCCGAGCUGGCCCAGCCACCAGCCUUCUUCUCUGCACUAAGCGUCAAGUUCACGGGGCGCAUUGAGUUCAUCUUUGUUGACACACGGGGCUGGGCCGCUGAGAGCCACCUGAAGGAGAUUGGGGUGUCCCAGGUACCAUCGUAUGUGCUGAAGACCCCUGAAGGUAUGUACCGAUAUGGGAACAGCACUGGGGAGUUCAUCUCCCUCCAUGCCAUGGACACCUUCCUGCGCUCGGUUCAGCCUGAGGUCAAUGACCUCUUUGUACUCAGCCUGGUCAUGGUCAACCUGAUGGCCUGGAUGGACCUGUUUAUCACGCAGGGUGCUACAGUCAAGCGCUUCGUAGUCCUCAUCAGCACCCUGGGGACCUACAACUCUCUACUAAUCAUCUCCUGGCUGCCUAUACUGGGCUUCCUGCAGCUGCCAUACCUGGACAGCUUCUAUGAGUACAGCCUGAAGCUGCUAAGGUAUGCUGACACCACAGCACUAGCCUCUUGGGUGAGGGCUGACUGGACCUUCUACUCCUCCCACCCGGCACUUUUCCUCGGUACCUACCUUGGGCAUGGCCUGCUCGUCGACUACUUUGAGAAAAAGAGACGGAGGAACAACAAUGAAGAUGAAAUUAAUGCCAACAACCUAGAGUGGCUGUCCAGCCUUUGGGACUGGUACACCAGCUACCUCAUCCACCCCAUCGCCUCCUUCCACAACUUCCCCAAUGAAUCUGACUGGGACGACGACCCAGACUUCCUCCUGGAGAGGCUGGCCUUCCCUGACCUCUGGCUCCACCCACUCAUCCCCACCGACUAUAUCAAGAGCCUUGCCACCUGGCGCUUCAGGCGCCAUGGCCACAGAAGGGCAGCUGGCAGUGGGGUGGAUGAGGAUGGCCUCUAUGAUGGUGGUGGCGAAUCAGAAGGCGAGUCCAGGAGUGAGCAGGAUGAAUCAUCUGACGACGAGCACGGUGGGGGUGAGGAAGUGUUGGCCUCAAGGUGCACGUGUGAGCAUGAAGGUUUGGGAAGUGGAACUGGUUCAGAGGGAGGCGAAGGGUAUGAAGCAUGCAACAUAAAUGGUAGCGGAGAGGGCCGGGAGGCAGAUUGGUGUUCCUGGCCAACUAGCAUGCUGCGGUGCACGGAGUGUGUUGUGUGCCUGGAGAACUUUGCGGACAGUUGCCUCGUUAUGGGGCUGCCGUGUGGUCACGUGUUCCACCAGCAGUGCAUUGUGAUCUGGCUGGCAGCCGGCCGGCACUGCUGUCCCGUGUGCCGAUGGCCAUCCUACAAGAAAAAACCUGACAGAUUGCAGGAACAGCGCCCAUAGAAGCAGGAUGGGGCGUGCCGCUGGAUCACUCUGGCCUGGGGAACAAUCCUGCUUCCUGCACUUAACUUAUCUUAAUACUUGAUGUGUCAAUGUUAGUCUUUAGAGCUAUGUUAAACUGUUUUUUUUUUUGUGGUUUGAACCUUAGUUUUACUUUAGGGUGGACAGAAGGGAAAAUAAUAUGGUAUACAACAGAAGCACUAAUGAUUAAAAACAUUUUUUACAUUUGGUUGCCUUGACUUUAAAGGACAUGAAAACAUUUGGCUGUAGCAGAAAAACGCUUAUGCGUUUAAACUAUAAUCUAAAGCUCAUUGAACUAGCUGAAGCUAAGUCACACUUAAAUAAGCUAUCGCUUGCUCUCGCAAGGGAGCAUUACGUAACCAGAAGUCUUAACUAAUAAAUCUACAGUUUUUUGCAUUUGAAAAUGUGGACAACGUUGAAUCCAGGUUACUGUCAUUUGGAAUUCUUUCAGUCCAGUCAUUUUCCUCAUUUUACUCACUUCAGUUCUGUGUUUGUUUCCUUCCUGUUAUGCAUCCAGAAGCACAAGAAAGAAGCAGGGGUCAGUGUAAGAAUAUAGAUUUCAAUCAUUACAAUUAAAAGGAGUGAACUGCAACUAAGAUCAGUGGCAGCGUUGGAGGUUUGCCUUCAGCUUGUACCGGUUCCUCCUUGCAACUUCACAGCUGAGAUGGGGAGAUUUAGUGCAGUGUGGUUGGGAAUAGGACUGCACUUAAGUGCUGUAAGAUCUCUGCACACACCUUUUCCUGGGCCGGGGCCGGAGCUCCGGUAAAUAAAAUAAGAUACAAAGGUGCCUCUAUUUAGCUGGGGGAGGAAGGCUGACAAUCUCCACCUACCGGACAUUGUCAGUAAGAAAUACCGAUAGCACCUGUUCCCCAAUUUCUCACCCCACAAUACUAAGCAUCUAGGAGGCUCCUUUGACUGUCUUCACAUGGCCAUCAUCAUUUUCGGAAGCCAUGCAAGAACUAAUAAAAUAUGCACAGGAUUAGAACAUGUACAUUAAAUUUAAGGACUAAGUGCAUUUUUUGUGGAUUGCAUAGUUCACUGUGUAAGGACCAUCACAGAGCAGUAAGGACAAGCUCACACCGUAACCCUGAAAAUUAGCACUGCUUGCUUGUAAUCUUCAUCUAUAUUCUUGUGUAUUUCAUUUCUGAAAAACCAAAGGACCAGGUGCAAUUCUCCAACACUAAGGGUGAAGGUAGCAGCUUCUGUUAAGCAGUGGUCAUGCUUGUGCUGUUUUAAUUUUUGGCAUGAGGGAGAUUGCUUUUGUUCUGUGACUUUCACACCUUAACUUGGCUUGUCUAAACAUUUUCUCCAGUUUUGUUGGUCCUCAUGUGGUAAUGCAGGACACUUUGCUUUUCUCUCUGUACAGGAUGCACGCUGGUCUGGUUUGUCCAGAUGCAUAAUGUGGUUUUAGUCCAAUCAGGAAAGCGUGUGUGAUCUUGCUCAACGUGGUGGCAAAUGCCACACUGGUUAGUGUCCGAAAUUGCUUACUUACCUACUAUUGAGUAUACAAGUUGUAUGCAACAUGUACACUCAAUUGUAUACAAGUAAGCUGUUUCAGACAUGGCCCUGGUCUAUCUUACCUGAGCCUGGAAAGGAUUCAAUGUCCCCAGUACUCUCUGCUUAUGAACAAAAGAGUCUGGACACUUGGCUUCAAGGCCUUGUAUUUGCACAUGACAUUGCAAUCUAUGACCGAAGUUUGAAACCUGAAGGUGGAUAUUUAUUGUGCAGAAAUCACUAUAGUUCAAUGAAUUUGCCCAAGACAAAUAUUAAUUGUAUGUUUAGGGUACUGAUUUGUAGGAAAGAGCCAAAUAGGUCUAGUAUUUAUAUGAAAUCAUAAUUGUAUUUACACCAGACCUAAUUUAAUUACAAAAUUCUUGAAAUGCCCUCUGUUGUACCUUUGUGAACAUGUGGAAAAUGUUACUUAUGAAUGUUCAAUAAAUUACAUCUAUAGCAA